AUGCCUACCGCAUCAACAUACCCCCUAUUGGAUAUCCCACAGGUGGAUCUCUGGGAGUUUCUUUUCGAACGAAAAGAUAGAGAAUAUCCUGAUGAUAAAGCAAUUUACACGGAUGCCGAGACGUCACGGUCAUAUAACUACAAGCAACUGCGAGAUACCGCGAUAGAGUUUGGGAAAGGUCUGAAAGCUGUUUGGGAAUGGAAGAAAGGCGAUGUGCUUGCACUUUACACACCAAAUUGCAUCGACACCCCUGCUGUACUUUGGGGAACCCAUUGGGCCGGCGGAAUAGUCUCUCCUGCAAAUCCCGGAUACACUGUCGAAGAAUUGACUUUUCAAUUGAAGGAUUCCGGGGCAAAGGGAAUUGUUACACAGAAGCCUUUCCUAAAAGAAGCACAAGCAGCAGCUAAAAAUGCUGGUAUACCCGAAGAUAGGAUAAUUUUGGUGGGCGAUGGAAGGGAUGAGACGCACCGAUUUAAGCACUUUACGAAUGUGAGAAACUUGGCUGGCACAUCAAGAUAUAGGAGGACGAAGAGUAAGCCAGAGGAUUUAGCAUUUUUGGUUUACAGUAGUGGGACGACUGGUCACCCAAAAGGAGUUAUGCUUACGCAUGGAAACAUUGUUGCGAAUACCUCCAUGGCAAACGCAGCUGAGGGGAGCAAUCUAAGUUGGAAAGGCGGAAAGGAUGGCAAAGGAGACAAACUUAUGGCCGUUCUCCCCUUUUUCCACAUCUAUGGCUUGACAUGCAUUAUUCACUUUUCACUCUAUAUGGGUUUGGAGUGCAUUGUGAUGGAGAAAUUCGAGUUGGAUAAAUUUUGCCAAACAAUACAGAACUUUGGAGUUACAUUUGCUUACGUGGUUCCCCCUAUUGUUCUCAUGCUUGGAAAGAGCCCAGUAGUUUCUAAGUACGAUCUAUCUACUGUCAGGAUGAUGAGCUCAGGCGCGGCGCCAUUGACACGAGAACUUGUUGAUGCUGUAUAUGCUCGUCUCAAGAUCCCAAUCAAGCAAGGUUAUGGUCUUAGCGAAACAAGUCCUACCACUCAUAUUCAGCCUUGGGAAGAUUGGAACAAAUAUCCGGGCUCUGUCGGACGUCUACUAUCAAAUCAAGUAGCAAAGUAUAUGAACUCCGAAGAAAAGGAGGUUCCGGCAGGACAGACUGGUGAGCUUUGGGUUAAGGGGCCUAAUGUUUUCAAAGGUUAUCUCAACAAUCCCGAGGGUACCAAGAACGCGUUAACAGAGGAUGAAUAUUUCAAAACUGGAGAUGUGGGACAUCAGGAUAAAGAUGGCAAUUUUUAUAUCACUGAUCGAGUCAAGGAACUGAUCAAGUACAAAGGUUUCCAAGUGCCACCGGCAGAGUUAGAAGGUCUCCUGAUUUCUCACGAAGACAUAGACGAUGUUGCAGUGAUCGGUAUCUACAAUGAAGAACAAGCAACAGAAGUACCAAGAGCUUAUAUUGUUCCAAGGAAAGGAGUUGCGGGCGAUAAAGAAGAGGAAAAGAAGAUCAUGGCAUGGUUGCAAGCAAAGGUCGCGAGUCACAAGAGGUUGAGGGGAGGAGUGAAAUUUGUAGAUGUAAUUCCUAAGAGUCCGAGUGGAAAGAUUUUGAGAAGACUUUUAAAGGAUCAGGCAUUAAAAGAAGGGGAAAAGGCGAAGUUGUAG